UUUACAUUCUGUUCUCGACGUCGCGUUCAUUGUGGGGAGCCAUUACCCUUGUCCGCGCUAAAGCAUCGUGCCAUAUUCCCAUUCGCGCCCUAAAACUAACAGCAUUCUAGUAGUUUUAAGUGAAAUAUUAUGAGAGUGAAGACCGAAAUGGACGACGACGAAAAGGGAAAACUGUUUGUUGGAGGAUUGUCUUGGGAGACAACGCAAGAAAAUCUGCAACGUUACUUCGGUCGUUAUGGCGAAGUAAUUGAUUGUGUUGUUAUGAAAAAUAGUGAAUCUGGACGAAGCCGUGGAUUUGGAUUCGUUACAUUUAGCGAUCCUGCUAAUGUUCCUUUGGUUCUUCAAAAUGGACCACAUCAACUUGAUGGACGUACGAUUGAUCCAAAGCCAUGUAAUCCACGUACCUUACAAAAACCAAAACGCAGUGGUGGUUUUCCAAAAGUUUUUCUUGGCGGCCUUCCAAGUAACGUGACAGAAACUGAUCUUAGGUCCUUCUUUACUCGAUUUGGGAAGGUUAUGGAAGUUGUCAUUAUGUAUGAUCAAGAAAAAAAGAAAUCGAGAGGAUUUGGCUUUCUCAGUUUUGAGGAUGAAGAUGCUGUGGACCGAUGCGUUGCGGAGCAUUUUGUCAGCUUAAAUGGAAAACAGGUUGAAAUUAAACGUGCUGAACCACGAGAUUCUUCAAGUAAAAUGAAUGAUAGUCAUCAAGGUCAGUGGGGUCCGCCUCAACAAGGUGGGCCACCAAUGGGUAUGGCUGGGAAUAUGGGACCUAUGGGUGGUCCAAAUGGUCAGAUGGGUGGACCUAUGAUGGGUGGUCCUAUGGGACCUCCUGGAAAUAUGAUGCAACAAUAUCAAGGUUGGGGUACAAGUCCUCAGACUGGUGGAUAUGCUGGAUAUAGUACUCAGUAUAAUACUCAAGGAUGGGGUGCACCACCAGGACCACCUCAACAACAGCAAAUCCCACCACCGCCACCGCAUCAAUGGGGUAGCAGUUAUAAUGUCCAGCCUGCAGCAGCAACUCAAGGUUAUGGAAGUUAUGGUGGGCCGGCGGCGGCCGCUUCAGGGGGCUACGGGCCCACGGCGGGUACUGGCGGGGCUGCGGGGGGCGGGCCCGGGGGUUCUUGGAACUCCUGGAACAUGCCACAGAAUGGGCCCCCUCCUGGGACCCAGCCACCACCCCAGCCCCCUCAACCCAACUCCUCGCAGCCCAACUCCAACUCGAACCCCUCUGGCCCGCAGGGUGAUAUGUAUUCACGACAAACUACCGGCUCAGGUGCACCUGGAACUAGUAGCAGUUCGGCUAAAACACCGGAUUACAGUGGCUAUUCCGCAUAUGGUAAUUAUGCUGAUACCACUUAUCCUCAACAACGUUCAUAUACGGGAGGAGAAAGCAACCAAGAAAAGAAGAAAACAAAAAAAGCAUUUCGCAGUAUGAAUACAUAAAUUUUGGAUCCUUAAACGAGAGGAGGUGAAAGUCGUGGGAGUACGAAAAAAAACAAUACUUCGACUGAGAAAGAAGAGAAAAAAAUAGGGUUCGAUCAAUCGAAUCGAAUCUAGUUAUUUUCUUAUGAAUGAAAAAGGUAAAGGAGAGUUUGAGUGAGAGUCGAGAGGAGAAGGAGGAGUAGGUUAUGUGAAAAACUGAAAGCGAACAGAGUAAUCGAGAGUGUAAAGUUAGAAGUGAAAAAGAGAAAAAAAUAUGAAUGUGAAUCAAAGAGAAAAAGAGAAAUUCCGAUUGCAUGCAUUCAUUGGCGUUGUAGCAGUUUUAAAUAUUCAUUUAUUCGUUGACAACGUUAUUUGUCGAUGAACUUUUCCAUUAGAACAUUUUUUAUAAACGAAAAAAAAAAAAAUAAGAAGAAAAGAUUUCGUGUUGAUCUUGCCACGUCACGUCGAGAAUCUUAAAACGCGUGUUUUUAGUCAUGUUUAUAUGAAAAACGUACCGUUUAGUUGUUCUAUUGUAUAAAAUAAUUAAAGCUACGUUCGGUAUAAAGAGUAAAUAAGUAAAUAAGUGUAAAAUUGUACAAACGAUCAUCCGUUAGCAAAGCAGUCAGAUUUUAGGGUCAAGCGAAUGGAAAUAUGAGUACACAUACAUAUACAUACAAGAACCCACAAAAAUAUACACGCAGAUACACAGGUAAAUAAAAUGAAUUAAAAGCGCGGAUUAGAGAUCAAUGCAAUAGUAAAAUACGAAAGAGAUUGAUUAACGAUAAGCCCCUUAUUAUCUAUGCGCGAACACACAUGUAUAUGUACAGAGUGAAUCAUGUAACGUGAUCAAAAAUAAAAUUUCUUUCAAUUACUAUUCAAACACUUUAGAAUAACAUAAUAAAACCUAAUUGAUUAUAUUACAUUUUUAUAAGUCAAUAUUUUCAUCAAUUUUUCAGGAUACUCAUGUUACAUGAGUUCAAUCUAUACACACAUACACACAUCUACGCAGUAUGCAUAUAUAAAUUCUCCAUUCGUUUUUCUUUCUUUUUUUUUUGUAAUUAUCACAGAUACAUAAAAACACGAGAGUAUCGUAUCAAAGUUAACAAGGGUACUUCACAGUAUGUACUUCAAGAUAAAUCAAAGGGCAGGAAUGCUUGCUGCUGAUUACGUGUUCCAUAUAUACAUAAUAAUAUGUUUAAACGUACUGUACUGAUGACUAUAAGCUUAACACUUCUCUAGUAUUAAAAGAAUGAUGAUCGUAGGAGAAAGAGAAAGAAGAGUACAGGAAACGUGUUAAGGUUUUUUUUUUAAAACUUCGUCGUCGAAUAUACCUCAUAUACGAUAAUAAAUGAUAAUCUUCGUGCAAGAAUAUUUUAGAGCGAGUUUUUAUGAGAAAGGAAGGGAGAGGGAUCGAUUUUGAACUUUUUCAGUUUUAUAUCCAGAAGUUCCUAAUCAUCAUCGACAUAAAUAAAAGUUACCAUGUCGAAAUACCAUCGCGUUGACAAACUAUUCUACUUUUUCACCUUUUAAUCAUACAAAAAAAAAAAGAAAUAAACAAAAUAUUUUAUGAUACGCGUUAUUCUGCGUUGCGAUAGAAACGGGAAUAGUCGAUUAUGGUCAUAUUUGAAAAUGGAAAGAGGACGUAACGCGACGAGAAAACGCAUUAUUAAUGAAUAAGGAAAAGAGAGAUAAAUAGAAACAUUUUGAAAAAUCGUGCUCGUACUAAUGUUAUACUUAUACUUACUACAUGUACGUUUCUAUCUACGACGAUCUCCCUUCCCGUUGUGCGGCUGUGAGUUAAUAAUACUUCUGGAUAAUUUAGGAGAAUCGUAAUUAAAAAGGUUAGAGAGAGUCCGAAGAAUGAGAAAAAGGAAAACGCCGAUUGACGAAGGCGCGCGCGAAAUUUUCGUCUAAUUAAGUUCUAAGUAAUUAAGUCGCCAAAGUCAUGAAAGUAAAGAAUAAGGAACAAAUACGAAAGAAAGUCUACACGCGUCAAACAAAGAUUUCAUAUACACACAUCACACACACGCGCGCACACACACACACAUACACACACGCACGUACGCACGUAAAUACACAAAUCCAUAGAAAAAGAAAGAGAGAGAUCUCAAAACCUCAUAAUCAUUAGGACAGUGUCUCCCUAGUUCGCGAUUAGAUGUUUCUCUUUAAAUAAGUCAGCCUCUAAGUCAUUCGGGACCCGAAAGAAAUGUUUUCGAUUAAGUGCUAGUUAGUUUAAUCGUAAAAAUCCGUAGUUGAUAUCGGCGCUACAAGAAAGGGAUGUUUGAGAUAUAUGGGGAAUUGCGUGAUAAGAGUUAAAGAAAAUACGAUAUGAAAGAAAGAAAAGAAAAGAAAAGAAAAAGAAUGAAAACAGUAAUGGUCGGUAUAGUAUCUGAGAGAGAUGGGAAAGAGGGUGGGGAUCGAGAAUAAGCACCAUAAACGAGCCUUAAUCCAUAAUUUACAAUUUUGCGUAGUAUGUAAUAAUGGUUAUUAAAGAAGAAAAAAAAUAAAAUAAAACACUAGCUGGUACGUCCAGGCGCGGGAUAAGCGAAACUUACAUAGGAUUGUUAUUACGGAUACACACUAAUUAAGGAAUUAAAGGUAAUGUUUAAUUAGCGAUUUAAAUGAUCAAUACGAUCUUCAGACUGCAGUACGUAAAAUGUGUGCGCAUUUGACGAAUAUAAAAAAAAAUAAGUAAACGAAUGUGCAAGCCCGAUAUAUUAAUGAAUUCCUCGAUACCAUAGGUUAUCUGUUGCAUUUAAAAAAAAAUAACGGGAAAGUGACGAUCGUCUCAAUAAACAUGACUAAAUAUCCGCGAUUCGAUGAUCACCUGACGUGGAAUCGUUAAUCUUUUUUUAUUUUCGUGAAAAAAGAACAAAGGAGAAAAAAAUACAGACGAAUACUAAUUGAUAUGAUGCUUUCACCUCCUCUUAUCUCGAAGGAUUUUUGAAACGUGAAAAAUUAUAGAAGAUCAAUUUCAUUUUUUAUUUUUUAUUGUUUUGCUUUUUUUUUAACUCUCGUUAAUUGCUAUUUUUCAUCUUCGAGUUUACAAUUCAGUCAAUGCUUCUAAAUCAGUCAAUUUAUAGAUGAUACACAUGCACGUACACAUAGGUAUAUAGAGUGACAUACCAAACACACAUACACAUCCUUGUUUAUUGCGUCUUUGGGUUCUUAUUAUGAAACAGGAAAGGAAUGGAAAGGAAAGAUCCUUGAAAAUAAUCUAUAAAAAAACAUUCUUAACUGUGUAUACUUCUACAUUCUCUCAUCCGCGAUUCCGUUUGGUCUGGAAAUAUUGUCGAGACACUCGAGAGCUUAAUUAUAUAAUUGGUGAUCGGUAAAAGAUUCUUUAUAUACUGUUGUAGUUACUAGUUACUGUGUACUAUUACUACUACUACUACUACUAUUACUAUAUUUACAUAUAAAAAUCCUGUAUUGCCGACCAGAAAAGAUCGAUGCUUUACAAAUACGUUAUGACGAACAAGAUGAAGAAGAGAGACAGUCUAUGUGUAUUUGUGUGUGAGAAAGAGAGAGAGAGAAAGAGUAAAACAUUGAAGCUCUUUUCGUUUUGUUGCCGUUCCCUUAAUUAUUAAUUAGGAUCGAAAAAAGUCGUACUUUCGCGUUAAUUUGUUUAAUCACUUAUACAAUAUAUCUUGAGAACUAUAUUUUAUCAUUUUUUAACUACACAUUUAUUCGUGUUAAGAAUACGUAACGUUAAUAAUAAUAAUAAUAAUAAUAAUAAUAAUAAUAAUAAUAAUAAUAAUAAUAAUAAUAAUAAAUAAUAUUAAUAAUAAUAAUAACAUAAUUAAUAUCCGCGGUUAUAGCAUUUUAUCGAGGCUACUCGUUAUAAAUAUAAAAUGGCACAUUUUUUAAUUAAAAAUCAAGAAAAAAAGUAUAGUUUAAGUUUUAUAAAAGAGAAUCGAGAUCUCAACAAACUCAAUCAAUUUUUUAAGAAUGAGCUUAAAUAUUUGUUUUAUAUAGAUAUACUGAUUUAAACGAUUAUAUAGAAGAUAUUGAAACGGACGAGUUAAAAAUUUUUUUAAUUAUUAUUUCUUUGUCCUUUUUUUUGUCUUUUUUUUUAGGAUAUUAGGAGAGCAAGAGAGAGCAUGAUUGUUGUGCGAGUGCGACGCGCGAAAAAGAAAGAAAUAAAAAAGGGAGUACGUAUAUAAAUAAACAAGGAAUAUAAUUAAUUACUUUACACUUUUUACUAUCGUACACAAGAGACUAAGUCAUGCACGUAACGAGUGCACAGAACCGUAGAAAUUUUUCUCAAAGAUACGACUGAUUAGGUGAAUGUCUCGUCAUAAGUUUUUAUUCUCGUUAACGAUGGUGGUAUACUCGUGAAUACUUUUUAAACGGUCUAGUUUAAAUGAAAUUCUCUCUUUGUCUGUGCCUAAGAAUAGAAAAUGAUCAAUUUAUUAUGAGACUAAUCGUGAGAAGCUGAUUUAGAUAAUGAGGAAACGCCUUUGUCGGAGAACGAAGAACAUAGUGUUCGCGGAGUUUCGAUGAAAUAAAAACAAAAAAAAAACGAAUAUUUUUUACGUAUCCAAAUGUCUUGCCGUUCUCAAAUUAUAUUUAACUUGUAUUUGUUUUAUUAUUAUUAUAUAUAUUUUUUUUUAUUUAUAAAUGCGUACUUUCCAAAUGCAAAACACUCCGCGGCCAUGUUUUUGAAGACAUCGUCAAGGCUUAAGGAGUUGGCGAAAUAAACGCGAUAUCAUUAAUGUAGAUCGACUAAUUAUCAAUAUAAGGGAUAAUUUCUCUGUACAAAUGUAAUAUAAAUUAAUUCCGCAAUUAUCUUCAUCCGGAAACUGGGUAAGAAAGACUUUACUUUUACUCUCGUUUUUAAUUAAUCGUAAACGCAAUAUAUUAUAUAAUAGAGGUGUCUCUGUUAGGGAACCAAAUGUCGUAAGUUCGAGACACGUGAAAUAUGAUUAUAAUAUCAAUAAUUAAGAUGUCGAUAACUAUUGAAUUAAUUAUUUAAUUAAUUAAAGUCUAACUCGAAAUAAGGCCAUCGCGUAGGAGAAGUAUUAAAAAUAGUGACUUUCGAGAGAAAGAUGAGAGAGUGAGAGAGAAAGAUGAUAUUUUUAAUGAAUUAAUAAAAUAUGCCAACCAUUGUGUUCUCCACAAAAAUCAUACUUAUUCCGUAAUUUUUAAGUAAUAGGAACAACAACAUAAAAGAAAAAAAAAAGAAGAGGGAAAAAAUCAGAGUAAAGAUACGUAUUUAACUCUCGUUGCUUAAUUGCCGUAAUUUAAUUCUCAUUAUUAUAGAAAAGCAAUUAAUAUUAACGAAACGUGAUAAUGGAAUAUAAGAAAUAAGUUAAAUAACCGAGCGUAUAAUGCAAAAGAUGAACGUGUGUGGCGCAAAUUGAUUGAUCAUAAGUUUAUGUUAUUUUUUUUUUCUUGGUUUUUCAAAUGUUCUAACUUUUAAUCGAAUCGUUACUCCACGAAGAACAUUAAUAAAAGACAUGGCGAUGAAAAUACACGCGAAUAUCGUGACAAAUAGUUGUAAUAAAAAAUUAAAAUAUUUUUUUUUUUUUAAUUAGGAGAGAAAAGUAAAUAAAAAAUAUAUAUACACGCACUAAAAAAAUAAAUAAAUAAUACUUUUUGCGGCAUGAUCGUGAGAAUUUUUUUGAAUUAUUUGCCAAAUCUUUAAAAUAAGCUAUUUUUGCGAUAGUUUCUUUAUCAAAAUCACAUUAUCUAUUAUAGCGAAUACUUGCGUAGGAAAGAGAGAUGGCAAAAUAUAAAAAGAACAAAGGAAUGUUAUCGCAGCCAAACCGUCAUUAAUAUCGUCAAUAAUUAAGGAAGAAGGGAAGUAGGAAUCGAGUGUCAAGGCAAUAUUUCCAAAUCAACACGUCUUCUUUGUCCCUCCAUACAUUUUCAAAAUAAUUUAACUCUUCAACCUAAUUGAAAAAUUAUUCAAUGGAACUCUUCCUCAACGGUGUGACUAUUCGUUCUUAUCUUCUUCUAUAUUCUCCUUGAACUUUCAAAAUCGUGCUUCAAAAGAUUGAAACUCAUAUAAACUCUGAAAUGUUAAGUGAUUGUUUGAUUAAGAAAACAGAGAGAGAGAGAGAGAGAGAGAGAGAGAGAGAGAGAGAGAGAGAGAGAGAGAGAGAGGAGAGAGAGAGAGGGAGAGAGAAAAGAGAGAGAGAGAGAGAGAGAGAGAAGAUGAAUAUGAGAAAAUGAAAUGACAUGCUUCAUGUUUACGAAAGUAAGAAAGAAAGGAAGAGAACGAAUGUGAGAGAGAAAGAGAGGGAGGGGGGAGAUGGAGUAUACUGACAAGAAAAGCAGAAAAGAUAAUUGAUAAAACUAACAUAAACGGAUAAAAUAAUAAUAAUUAUAAAUGAAGAGUUUUCGUUUUUUAAAUAAAAAAGAUAUUACAAAUAAUAAUGAAACUAUAUUUUUACGUAUAAUGAUGUUAAAUAUAUAUAUAUAUAUAUAUAUAUAUAUAUAUAUAUAUAUAUAUCAACGUCUUAUGACGACUGAAAGCUUCUUCUAUUAUGAUCUAAUGGUGGGAGGAUGCUAGAAGUCUAACUAGGGGAGGGUAAAAUACACCGAUAUUCCCGACAAAUUUUUAUUUUCGCACAUAUUUUACAUCGUACGAUCAUCCAUUGAAUAUUCUAUCCCUUUUUCCCUUCCCUCGAAGACACAUUAAACGAUGGAAUCAUUAAUAUUAUUAAUAGAAUUACUAUUAUAUUACAAUUGCUGCUAUCAUUAUUUUUAAAACUGUUACAACUACUAUCACUACUACUGCUAUCAUUACUCUUACAACUGUUACUACCAUUGCUAUCACCACCACCGCCACUACCGCCACCACCACUACUACUACUACUACUACUACUACUACUACUACUACUACUACUACUACUACUACUACUACUACUACUACUACUACUACUACU